AUGGCCAACGAUCCUCCGCGGGAGUCGGAUGGGAACACGAGAAAACAUAAACGGACCCGAUCGGAUGUGAUCGAAAUCAGCAGUGAUGAGGAUGAUGACCCCAGAAAACUAGCCGAUCAACAUCGAAGCAAGAUCGCAUCUCGGAAUAGCUCUAGUAUCCCUUCCGCGCCCAGCUCGUCUAAAGCUCAAUCGGUGCUCCAAAACAAGUCGGAACGCUAUAAGCUAGAGUAUGAACGACUGGCCCGACAGCGCGCCCGAGAACUCGCCUCGAACCCUUCCGGACCCUCUUCCCCUGCCAGCCCAGCGAUUACCCCUAGCAUACAGCCCCCGACAGAGCCCAGUGUGUCUCAAUCCGAAACCUUUCAAUACUAUUGGAAUUCGACUAUUAAGGUUACCUUCAACGAUUGGUAUCCUGAUUGUCCUAACGCGCUUCGAAUAGAAGAUAUCAUUGGACCGAAAGAUCGGAUCAAAAUGGUCUUGGUCAGCUCCUACGUUCUCGAACUUCCUUGGAUCCACAAGCUAUUUAAUCCAAGGACUCGGAUCAUGGUCAUCAGACACCACACAGACUGCGGGUCGUUCAAAGUCAACGAACGUGCGAACAUGUUUUUGUGCCACCCCCCGAUGCUUAAAACUGCUAAUGGUAACGCUCGACCUGGCUGUAUGCACAUCAAAUUCUUUAUUAUUUUCUACGAUACUUUUUGCCGAGUUGCGAUUCCGACGGCGAAUGCCGUGUCAUUUGAUUACGAAAUUGUUGAGAACGCAGUAUGGAUCCAAGAUUUCCGACGCUUCGAUGGGAAUACUAUCGGUUACAACAGUAGACGACCUGAUGAAGUGCCCCCGUUCAGGAAGACACUUGAUGAUUUACUUGACCGGAUGGGAGUCCCUCUCCCGUUUCGAAAACCGCUGGAAGAUCAUGAUUUCCGCACAGCAGCUGCAAACUUGGUGGUUUCUGUUCAGGGUGACCAUUCUGCGAAUUCACCACCGUUCGGUCAGAUGCGGCUGGCAAAGGAGUUGAAAACUCUUGGACUCCAGUCAGGACCGGGGACUGGCCGGACAGCUAGUUUGGAAUGCCAGGGUUCAUCGAUUGGUAGUUACGAUUUGAAGUGGCUCAAUAACUUUUACCAUUGUGCAUCUGGUUCUCUGCCCACUGCCGGUUUGCCAGAGCCAGACUUGCAGACUGACAGCUCAACGUCCCCGUUCUCGGUGCUAUAUCCGAGCCUUCAUACCGUCCGGAACAGUAAGAGUGGGAAGGCCGGGGCUGGGACGCUGUUCUGUAAUAAAGCUACUUGGGAGAAAGCUAAUUUUCCGAAGCAUAUCUUUGCGGAUACCAUGUCUAAACGUGCUGGGGUCUUGAUGCAUGUCAAGAUGAUCUUGGGCCUCUUCACCUCUGAUUCCUCAAGCGAGUCGACUAGCUCAACAGUUAAUACCAGUACUGGCAAGCCUGAUAGGGGAGAUGAGCAAAUUAAUAAGGACCACAUUGGCUUCUUGUACAUUGGCUCCCAUAAUUUUACUCCGGCCGCUUGGGGCAAGUUCACCUCGAAAAAAACAGGCUCACGUGAAUCUACUUUACUGGAGAUCAGCAACUGGGAAUUGGGUGUUGUGUUGCCGGUCAAGUCACAUGCGCAGAUCGAAGAAUAUGUGACUUGGCAGAGGCCACCGAAGCCGUACGGACAUCGCGGGAAGGAUUCGUCGAUACCAUGGAUGCAAUUCUCGCAUGGGCGUUAA